AUGGACCUGCCCGAGGACCAGAAGGCUGACCCUGCUGCGGCAACGUACCUCUGGGACCAGCCUGAACAGGGGAGCCUGGGGACACCACUCAGCCUAGAGGAACAAGUGCUCAACUCCACAUUCGAAGCAUGUGACCCCAAGAGGACAGGUGUUGUGGCUGUGACCCGCGUGGUGGCCUACCUGGCGACUGUAACCGGACGGGGUCCCCAGGACGCAUGCCUCCAAACACUGGCCCGCAGCCUGGACCCCAGUGGGGAGGGCCCUGGGGCCACUGUGGACCUGGACACCUUCCUGGCCGUCAUGCGGGACUGGAUCGCUGCUUGUCAGCUAGACGGGGGAUUAGAGCUGGAAGAGGAGACCGCCUUUCAGGGGGCCCUGACCCCCCAGCAACUGCCAUCUGGGUGCCCGGAAGCUGAAGAGCCAGCCAAUCUGGAGAGCUUCGGAGGCGAAGACCCCCGACUUGAACCGCCCGCCACUGCCGACCUGCUGAGCAGCCUGGAGGACCUGGAGCUCAGCAACCGCCGGCUGGCCCAGGAGAACAGCAAGCUGCAGCGGAGCGUGGAGAUGGCCGAGGAGAGCACCACGCGUCUGAGCGAGGAGAUGGUCACCCUUCGCAAGCAGCUCCGCAGCGCCCAGCAGGCUCUGCAGUUUGCCAAGGCCGUGGACGAGGACCUGGAGGACCUGAAGACUCUGGCCAAGAGCCUGGAGGAGAAGAAUCGCAACCUGCUGACCCAAGCCCGACAGACGGAAAAGGAGCAACAGCACCUGGUGGCAAAGAUGGAGACUCUGCAAGAAGAGAACGGGAAGCUGCAGGCUGAGCGGGACGGAGUGAAGAAGCGGAGUGAAGAGCUGGCCCUGGAGAAGGAAGCUUUGAAGCGGCAGAUCUACGAGUGUGAGUGCCUGAUCUGUCAGCGAGACACCAUGCUGUCUGAGCGCACGCACCACGCAGAGAGCCUGGCCAGAACUCUGGAAGAGUACAAAGUGACCACCCAGGAGCUGAGGCUGGAGAUCUCACACCUGGAGGAGCAGCUGAGUCAGACCCACAGAGGACCAGAUGAGCUGCUUGAAGGGACCCAGGAGAGAAGAGUGGGCUGCACCAAGCUGCUGCCCCCGUCGCUGGGCUUGGAGAUCCAGGCCACUCAGCAGAAACAAAACAAGGCCGCUGCAGAGGAGCUCCUGAGCCCCCUGUGUGGAGUGUGGCAGUGGGAGGAGGUGCUCAGUGAGCCCGAAGAGGAAGCCGCCUUCCCACCUGAAGCCUCACCUGGCACACAGAGGAACUUCCAGGAGGAGCCAGUGCAGCUCCAAGAAGAGCAGAACGAGCACGUGCCCUGGCUCCUGGCAGCAGCAGCUAAUGAGGCUGCCUGCAUCGCCUCUAAUUGGACUCCUCUGGGCAGAGUGGGAUUGGGCGGCCCGGGGGCCCAGAGCUGUGACCCGUCCCUGCGUCACCAGGGACUGGCCAGGAGUGAUGGUGACAGUGGCAGGCGCUGGCGCCAGGGAGGCCCCCCAGGUUUCUGGGAGAUGGGGCAGCCAGGGAGGCAGGAAGAGGAGGGAGAGCUGGCGGCAGCCGAGGCCAAAUGCCCAGUCCCGGUAGGCAGUCACCCCGACCUCUCCCACCCCCGGAGCAGCCCCCCAUCUCCAUCCCAGGCUGACGUAGCCUCGCCCCUCACCAGCCCCCUCCCGUCCGCCGAGCAGAGAAAAAUCAUUUGGUCCAGAGAUAACAAGGUUCUGGCUGCAGCUAAUGAGCACGGAGCGGGAGGCCUGGGGGCCAGUGGGCGGCCGCCGUGUUCCCGGGGGACCCCAGCCACGCGCACUCACAGGACAGCAUCCGCCUGGCCGGGGCCCUCGGCUGCACCUCGAUUACAUCAGUGUACCUGUGCCCACACGCCCGCCCAGGCCAGGGACAGCCUUCUCAGCCCUGCCAAGCCUGAACUUGAACCUGACCCUGAUCUCCAACGAGCCCUGGUGCCCGUGACAGUGGCCAAAGAGCUGGUGUGGGUGCGGCGGCGGCCCGUGGCCCCACUUGGCCUGCCCAGCCCUGAGGCCCAGCAGUUCAGGGUCACGCGGCCCCCGCUGGACCCCCGGCCCCCCGUGCUGGGCUUGCUCCUGCUCCUGCUGCUCUCCAUCCUGCUGCUCCGCAAGUCCCCGCCCCCCACCUGGCCCCACCUUCAGCUCAGCUACCUCCAGCCCCCCCCAGUGUGA